UUGAACUGUCGUCGGCUGUAACUUCAGUCCGCAACGCGGAUGUAAUCAAACAAGAACUGGAAAUUGAAAAUCUACUAGAAUAUUAUUGGACAGAUUCACAAGUCGUACUGGCAUAUAUAAGCAAUGACGCUAAAAGAUUUCACACAUUCGUUGCCAAUCGGAUUCAACGAAUAAGACACAGUACGAGUCCUGACAAAUGGCAGCAUGUCUGCUCAGAAGAAAAUCCGGCUGAUCAGGCCUCGAGGGGUCUAACCGCUGCACAACUGAAAGAAUCAAACUGGUUGAAGGGUCCAGAUUUCCUUUGGAGAAAGAAUCUUCCAAUCAAAAGGGAAAUGGUGGGAGAAGUUGAAGAGACAGAUCCUGAACUUCGUGCAGGUCAUGCACACACCGUGCAGUCAAAAGAAGUGAACCCUGUUCUAGAGCGUCUAAAGAAGUUCUCUGAUUGGUCGAGAGCUGUAAAGGCUAUUGCCAGACUCAAACGAUGCAUAAAAGAGUUUAAAGGUGUUCAAGAAAGAACAAACAAAGUAACAGAUCUUGAAGAAAGAAGAGACACAGAAGUGUUCAUUAUCAAGCUAGUGCAAAGAGAAGCUUUCACUGAGGAAAUACAGAAAAUCAGAUCACAGAAGGAAAAUUCUCUGCACAAGCAUAACAGACUAAAGCAGCUAAAUGCUUUCUUGGACAAAUCCGAUGUUCUCAGGGUGGGAGGAAGAUUGUCUCAAUCAGCCUUGCAUCAUCAUGUCAAACAUCCUGCAAUUCUUCCCAAGGAGUCCCAUGUAUCAACCCUCAUCGUCAAACACUAUCAUGAACGUGUACAUCACCAAGGAAGAGGCAUGACCAUAAAUGAAUUGCGUGCAAAUGGCAUAUGGAUUCUAGGAUGUGGAAGUAUGGUCUCUAAGCACAUUUACCACUGUGUUAAAUGUAGGAGAUAUAGAAAGGCCACAAAUGUCCAACAGAUGGCAGAGUUACCAGAAGUAAGAACAAAAACAGCACCUCCUUUUACAUAUUGUGGUGUUGACUGUUUUGGCCCAUUCAUAGUAAAGGAAGGUAGAAAGGAAGUCAAAAGAUAUGGAUUAUUGUUCACCUGCUUAUGUUCACGAGCUGUGCAUAUUGAAACACUUGAUGACUUAUCAACUGAUGCUUUCAUGAGCGCUCUUCGGGUUCUGAUCGCCAUAAGAGGUCCUGUUCGACAAUUAAGAUGUGACCAAGGGACGAAUUUUGUGGGAGCCAGAAGAGAGUUUUUGGAGCUAAUGAAGGAUAUGGACCAAGAACCACAAAGAGCUAUUGGUUGCGAGUUUGUGAUGAACGUUCCAUCAGCUAGCCACAUGGGAGGCAUCUGGGAACGCCAAAUUCGGACAGUACGAAGCGUACUAACAGCAAUGUUAGAUAAAUUCUCAAACAGACUUGAUACAACUAGUCUAAGAACACUUCUUUACGAGACAAUGGCCAUCAUUAACAGCAGACCCUUAAGUAUAGAGUAUCUUAAUGAUCCCUUGGGUCCAGAGCCAUUAACUCCCAAUCACAUAUUAACGAUGAAGUCUUCAGUUAUUCUCCCCCCUCCAGGACAGUUUUGCAGAGAGGAUUUGUACUUGAACAAAAGAUGGAGAAGAGUACAAUUUCUAGCAAACGAGUUUUGGCAAAGAUGGAAACGAGAAUAUCUGCUAAAUCUCCAACAGCGACAGAAAUGGCAGAAAGUUUCACGGAACCUGCACAUUAAUGACAUUGUGAUCCUACAAGAUGACAAUGCUCCAAGAUGUAAAUGGAAACUAGCUCUAGUUGUAGAGACUCUAGAAAGCCCAGACGGCAAGGUUCGAAAGGUGAAACUAAAGACAAGUGAAACAACAUUUGACAAAGGAAAACCACUGACAAGGUUGAUAUAUUUAGAAAGACCUAUUCACAAGGUAGUGACAUUACUUGAGACUAAUACAGAGUAAAACAGACUCUACUCUUGACACUCAUUGGAAAAUCACAUUGAGAACCAAUUAGUGAUUUUGGUGGGAGUGUAAGUGUCAAUAAAAUAGUUUAUUUCUUGAAAAAAUGUAUGUUUAUUUCUGAAAGAUAGAAUAAUGUAUUUUAAGUUGUUUGGUUCACGUUUUAAGAUUUGUGUUAAAUGAUUGUAUUUUAUUUCGUGUCAAAUAAUUUUUUGUCGAAAGGUAUCGCGAGAUUUGUGUACAUGUGUGAGGCUGCGAGACUUAAGUAACCAUAGAAGAAGCAGAAGCUGGUGCCAGAGCUAUGUGUAGCAGCCUCGUGUCCUGUCGUUGUCAAGGUAUUUUGUAUUUAUGUUUGUAAUGUUUUGUGAAUUUAUUGGUUAUGGUGUUUUAAUUACUUAAUAUUUUGGUUUAGAGUGUACAACGACGAAUCAUUCUGUUAAAGACCUCCGAAGUGGCAGGCGGCCACGAGUUUUCACGGCAAAAAUUAAAGAGCCCGUCUUAAGAAAGCCGUGCCAGAGUUGUCACUUUGGAGCUACA